AUGAACUCCGUAAGUGCAUUUCAAUUGCUUGGCAUAAGAGAAGAAUAAGCAGAAAACCUAGAAAUGUGUAUGCUUCAUAACUUUAAGAAAAUCUAUGUUUGUCUGUAUGGUUGUAAUCUUGAUCCUGAAUAGAUAGCUUAUUGCAUAUUCUGCAAAAAAAGUGUAGAUGAUAAAUAAAGAUUAGUUCAUGAUCAUAAAGAUGAGUACAUUCAUGUAAUCGCAAAAGAAAUGUCUAAUUCGUAUUAUGAAAUAAGAGGAAAAUAUGAAUAACUAAUAGGCAAAUUUGAUGGUUCCUACAGUGAUUAAUAAGGUUUAUUUACAAAAUAUUCAGACUUGCUUGAGUAUUUGAAAAUUAAAAAAGAAAAAAUGAGAGGUAUUCUGCCCUAAAACCAAAAUUAGGAAUUUUAACUCGACAAGUAAUAUACAUAGCUAAAGAAAAUUCUUGAAAAAUUGUAAGAUCUGGAAAAUGAAGUAAAUAACACCAGUUUGACUUUUAAUGCCAACAAAAUUUUAGCAUUUAGAAGAAAAUGGGUAGAUAUGAAUGAAUAAUACGUAAUCAAUUUUCAAUUUCUUGAGGAUUCAAUCACAGAAGAGAUCUGGAAUAGUUUUAGAGAUGUUUUUAUGGAGGGAGAUUUAAGUGAUAUACCAGAAUUAAAUUUUGAUAAUUUUCGUUUUUUCACAGGAUUUAAAGAAAAAGCAACAAAAAUUUUCUACGAAACAAGACUUAAAGAGUUAUAAAUGAAAUAAAAUGAAUAGGAACAGAAAAUAAGGAUAAUGAAAGAAAAAAUUAAAAAAUUAUUUGCGAUAUGUGGAGAAUGA